UGUAUUAACGCGUCUCAAUUACGAAGCUUUGGGGUUGUCGACAUUGACGUCUUGUACUAUACAAAGUCUAGUGGUACCUAAUAUCGAGGUUCUAAGGGUCGGGUAGUAAAUUCUUUAACCUUCCUUUUUUCUAGUCUUUACUCUCGGACACCUGGCUUAUACGAAAUGGAGGAACUGGAUGGCCAAGAUCAAGACAGUCUUGCCGGCAAGAAAUUCAAUAAGAGGGACUUGUUGGCGGCGUUAGAAUCAAUUCGUCACAAAGGCGCUCCGCUAUCACUUAGCCCUAUCCCGCGUAUUGACCCAGAGAUCUUCGUGCAAGAUAUUGGCAUCAUCAAGGUUCCUCUCUCAGAAAUCCAGGCGAGGCAACUCGUUGCAAUGUCACACCAAGCACACUAUGGAAAAGGUAGCGAGUCAAUUAUUGAUACGCCGGUGCGGAACACCUGGGAGCUCAAUCCAGAUCAGUUUGAGAUAAGGGCGCCCACAUGGCAGAACUGCUUGGACAAGAUCCUGGCUGAAGUCGCAAAAAGAUUGGAUAUUGCUUCCCCUAUUUCGGCGGAGCUGUAUAAAAUGCUUUUAUACGAAAAAGGCGCUAUGUCCAAAUCCCAUAUAGACACCGAGAAGAUUCCCGGGAUGUUUGGGACACUUGUCAUCAGUCUCCCUUCGCCUCACCGGGGUGGGGGUAUGGUUUUAGAACAUCAGCGCGUUUGGCAGACUUUCGGGACUUCGCAGCACGAUAUGAGUUGGAUAUCUUGGUUUUCCGACGUCUCUCACGACGUUUUGCCCGUCACAUGGGGGUAUUGUUGGAUUUUGACUUAUAAUCUUAUGGUAGAUCCAGCGUCUACGGUGCCAGCAGCAAUUAGUUCCGCUAGCAACGAGGCGCUUCGCACGGCUUUGCGAUUGUGGUUACGAGCAAUCGAUAAUGGUUCGGAGAACCUUUUGCCACUUUGCUAUGUGCUUGAUCACAAGUAUACAGAUUUAUCGUUCCGAAGACUCAAAGGUGUAGACUUCAAUAGGGUCAAAUGCCUUCGGAUGAUGUGCGAAGAAUUAGAUUUUGAUUUCUUUUUGGCUGACAUAGAGAAGGAAGAGAGCGGUACUAUAGAGAAUGACGGCUACGAUUACUACCGUGAAGAGGAGGAAGACGAAGAUGAUGAUGUUGAUUAUCACCCACUUGGUGAGGUCCGCGAUGUGUCUUACCAGCUGACAUACGUAUUCAAUUCAGAUGGAUACCACCUGGCCUCGAAUAUGUUACUUGAUGAAUACCGCGUUUUACAACUGGAGCACCCUUUUUCAGAUGAGCCCGACGCCGAAGACUACGAAAGAUCUAGAGGAAAUCCUAGAUCAGAAGCGACACAUUGGUAUAGAGGAUCAGCGUUGGUCAUUGUUCCCUAUGAAGGGACAGUCUCAUUUCUUACCUCGAAUUACCCAGGGGGCUUUAACGAGCACAGUGCAGGGCAUGACUAUUUUAUAGAUCUAUUUAAUUUCUUUAUUAGCCAAUGCGAAAAAUCCCCGAGGAAGGCUCUAAGGUUGGACCAACUAUACGAGUUUUUAAUUGCCAACUUUGAGUCACGUUAUCCUAUGCCGCUUACCGAAGAUCAGCUUCUCGAUGUCCUUCUACUAUCUAUUCAUAGCAGUGAAUCUCGCUUGCUUGAUUUAUUUCUGGCGAAGAACACCCAGCCUCCUCCAAUUAAAUUCUUCACCUGGAUUAGGAAAGCAUUUGACAGUUCAGCUAUAUCUAUUAGUAAUUUCGAGAAGCUGUUUCGACACGCCUUCAGCCUUCAGCCUACGAUCCAUAGACGAUGGGAAGCUUUAUGCGAAGUCAAUGAAGACCUAGAAGAGGGCGAGGGGAAGUUACGAAAUAUUGUGUCCCAAGCUGUUGACGAGUGCUUGGAGACUUGCCGACAGAAACGAUUCCAAGAAGAAGACGGCAAGACCCUUUUCCGUAUCUUGUAUUAUCACCAGCACUCUGACUUGGAGACAGCCGUUAUACGUGUGGUGGAAGAUCUUGGUUGGUCGACAGCCUUCGUUCUCGGCUUUCUUCACUCGUUCCGCUUGCAAAUCCUUAAAAACGACACGCAAGCUGUCUACGAGCGUGUGGCGCUGGCAGCGUUGAAGAAACUUGAUUUAGCUUCGCUCACCGCUGCGGAAAUUCCCCAAGCCGAAACGGGAGCAAUUAAUGUACAUUACAAGGAUGCCCGAGGACCUGAAUACGUGACCUAUAGGUCAAUGCUAAAGUUCAUUUCCACCCUCAUCGAACUCAAGCUUCAAAGCCAUUUAGACAUGCUUGCCAAGCAGGUAGUCUCCCAAGCGAAUAAAGUUAAGACACGAGAAUUCGACACGCUUUGGAUACCACUUCUCCAUGGGCUAUUCUUAGUCUUCGAGAAAAGCAAAGUUCCUCUUCCAGCACCUUAUUGGACGCAAAUCUACCAAAAUAUCUUCAAAGCCUACCUGUUGAAUUACGUUAGGGAACAGCCAGUGGAGCCUACUCUUUCUCGUCGGGCUUUGAACCCCUGUUGUAGAGGUUGCGAACCGGUCAAUGAAUUCCUCGUUGACCCGACCAAGCGCUCCAGCCGUUUCAAAGCAUCUCGGCACUGGCGAGAACAUGUCCUUUACCGACUCUCUGAGGCCCACGUUGAUCACGAAGCAAGUACAGAAUACGUAAACAACACACCUAUACUAAUUAUAUCGAAGACAACGUCACAAUACAAUGCGGAAGCAAACAGCUGGUGGACACGGCGGCUGCAUGUCGAAUCCCAGUUUGAGACCUUCAAUCCGGAUAUGCUACGGGCCGUACUGCAAGAUCAAUACGACGAUAUCAUAAACAUGAAGCUAAUCGAGCGCCAACAACCUGUUACAUCUAAUGCAUAUGCAACAUCGGUUCCAUCUCAAAGUCAGCAACCUCUCGCAACAGGUAGCUAUGAGGACCAACUCGCUAUGAUCAAUGCCGAAAUCGCCCGCAGGGCAGGCUCAUCCUCGAUCACUCCGAACCCUUCUACUGUACCGAAGCCUCCAGUCACAUAUUCCACCGCCGUUGGCGGAGGGCCAGCUAGGCCCGCGCCGCGGUCGACACCGAAACGAUCCAUGCUCGACGUUAGCCGGAGCAUUAGUGAAAGUGCACGCAAGCGAGCAUUACAGAAUAGAUCAUCACCAUCGACGCGGCGCGACCAUGGCGCUUCGAGUCCAGUGGGCGGCGGUGGCGGUGGUGUCACGCCGUCGAGACCUACACAGACGAUUCCCAAUCCCAUCGCUGGAGCAAAGCGCAAGUAUAUUGAUGUUAUUGAUCUCACGGCCGAUGAUUAAAUAAGGCGUUAGUAGGAUAAGGUAUGGAUAAUGUGCAUCAGGGGGGUCCUAGGAGUUUGACUAGAAUUGUAGUUUGGCUAGCAAUAGUGUGUAUUAUAAUUGUGACAAAAUAGGGAACUCUGGAGAGUCCCUUCAUAGA